UAUUCAACAGUCCUACUACAACCAUAUUUUCUGUCCCGUUUAUCCGCCAUUUGGGCCAGCUCGGUAGUACUGUAAACUAACUUCUUGCAUGUGGCCCUAUAGGUUGAACUGGAUUUCCGUGCUGCUGCUGCUGUUGUUGUCCACCCGGGCUCUUCUCCUCUUUGUGGAUGGUGCGUGAUAAUAUCAUCUGGAGAGACCGAGGCCGACAUUUUACCCCGGUCCGGAGGAGCCUUAACUCCGAGGGGACAUCCGAGGACAAGCGAUAAGGCUGGGAGGCUGAGAGCUUCAGGGCUGCGACAUGUGAACAGAGCUCCACCCCUUCACCCUGUCAUCUCUCAACCUUAGAACUCAAGAACUCACUUGAGCUGACGUUGUGACCGUGACCUGCCACCCUACUGCCUCGGGCAUGCCUCAGCCGGGUAUGAAUGGCAUGGAGCCUGCGUUUGGAGAGGCCUACGGGGGACACAGGGGUCUGCUGAGCCCCUACCCCCUGGCCAUGUCGCCACAAGGGGGCAGGACAGAGUACGACCAGAGCGUACUCCUCAUGCUGGGCUCCCCAGCAUCACCACGGAAACGGCCCUUUGAGUUGCUAAGCGACCUGGUGGAUGAUGGCGGCUUUGGUGAGGACCUGCACCCAGAGCGCUGGGACGUAUCCGCGCUGGACGAGAUGGCUCGCUACACCAAACUGGGCCUCGGGAUGGGUGGGGAGCUGCUGGCCUGCUCCGAGGAGGCAGUCCUGAUUGGCCGCUGGGGGAGGAGUGGGGAGGAGCAGCAGCAGCUGCAGCAGGAGCAGGAAGAGGAGAGGAGGAAGAGGGACGGACACACCACACCCACUCCUGUCGACCAAGAUGUCCAGGCUGUAAGGAGGGAGGAGGCGGGGCGUAUCUCUGUUUCCACGACAACAGAGAGGGAGCUAUGUGUUGCAGGAAGUGGAGGGCAGGAUGAGAGGUUGUCGAAGGAGCGUACAGUGGAGGUGUAUCAGGUGGAGCAGCAGGAGGAAGAGGAGGCGGCACUGGCAUCAGCUGCAGGUUUGUCUCUGGAGCACUGCAGCGAGGAGCACAACUACUCCCUCAGCAAGGGGGAGGAGCUAGGGGCAGGGGCCGGACACACCUCGCCAAAAGAGGAGGUGCGAGCUGUGGAGACGCAGCAGGAGGUGCCGGGAAAAGAAGAGUGCCAGGCUAAGACUGAGCAGGAUCUUGAGGAAGAGGAGGAGCAGGAGGAAGAGGAAGAGGGGGAGGAGGAGGAAGAUGAGGAAGAUGAGGAUGAAGGAGAGGAGACUGCAGUGGAGGCUGAGCUCUCCAGUUCCUCGGAGACCGAAUGUGAGGCGGAGGCCGAGCCGGUGAGGCAGUCAGGCGAGCGCCCGUCGAAGCGUCGAUGUUUCUGGGAGUAUAGGCGUGCUCGAGAGUCGGUCACGAAGAAGAAACUGGGCGGAGACGUGCACUGGUCUCUGUCCUGGAGCUCGAGCACUCUGCCCAGCACCCUGUACCGCAGAGAGGGCAAAAAAGGACGCCGCAAAGCUCGAAAGACGGACGCCAGCGACUUGACACCGAACCCGCAGAAGCUUCACAACAUCGGUGAGCAGCUGCAGAAGCUCAACGCUGCCAUCGACGGCAUGGGUCCAGUCAACGACCUGCCCGCCAUGGCCCGAGCUCGAUCCCGUAAGGAGAAGAACAAGCUGGCCUCCAGGGCCUGCAGGCUGAAGAAGAAGGCCCAGCAUGAAGCCAACAAGAUCAAGCUGUGGGGGCUCAACCAGGAAUACGAGAACCUGUUGGGCGCUCUGCUGCGGAUCAAGGAGGUGAUCCGACUGCGGGUGGAGAGCAGCGAGGAAGAAGACACGGAUGAGCGAGGGAUGACCCAACGCCUGGAAGACAUCCUCCGAGAGUCCAGCGGACCUUUAGUCGCUGGGCGGACCAAAGACUUUGUGCAGAGGAUUCUGGCAGCCAGCGCGGGGGGUCAGAACCAGCAAACCAGCAAAGACCCCCCGCAGGGAGGUGACGAGGUGGCGGGCUAAACCUCAACCAAGUAUCUCCCUACACCUUCUCCUACUUUGUCGUCCGCGCCUGCCCCUCCUCCCUGCACCACCAACAACACAUGAGAGAGCAAGAGCAGGUGGAUAUGUUGGGAAAGAAGAAGAGGGGGAGAAAGAGGAGGACGAAGUAGCCUAAACAACAUGGGAGUAAAUUACCACCCUGCUCCUCCUGCUGGCCCUUCAAACAGCAGAUGAUCUUCACCGCUCUGUCUCUGCAGGCUGCAGCAAAACCACCAACACCACCAGGCCAGAGCUGCUGCUGCUGCAGCUGCUGCUGCUGCUGCUGCUGCUGCUGACGUCUAUGUAUUCUGUGUUCUGUCUAUGUAUGUGUUUGAGUGUGUGUGAAUGUGUGUGUGUGUGUGUGUGUGUGUGUUGGACAUGUAACAUACUGUAUGAGUGUGUAUAGUGUUCCUCUCUCCCUCUGUGUGCUGUAUUCGUAUCCCAGUGUGCCUAUGAAUAGACAUUGCACUGUUUUGUAGUUGGUCGUAGUUGCCGGCAGGGGACCUGUAGUGAGGCGAGGGCGAGGGGGCAUUUGAGGAUAGAGGAAGUGCUAAAAUAAGGAAGUGGGAGGAGCCCAGGCCUGGAAGACAAAGACGCAGUUAUAUGUAUGUGUGUUUUUUUUUGUGUUUUUUUUAUGUAUAUUUGGCUGGGCUCCUAUAGAAGCACUGCAUACCAUUCUGAUUGCAUCGACAUCUGAAAUGUCAGUGAGUGUUGUGACAUUCAACUAUUGACGGAGUCCUGAUGCCAGACCAGCUGUUGAUGGAAACAACAGCCUGUUUGUUGUUGAAAAAAAGUCCCUGGAGCUUUAAUACACUCCCCCUUGCUCGACCCCCUUCCCUUGAACUUUUUUUUACACCCCUUCAAAAUGUAAGCAAAGUUAAAAAUGAAAGAGAAAACUGCACCUUAAACCAAACUGACCAAAGAUAAAGUGACACUGCUGAACCACUCGGACACCAAAACCUCUCACUCGCUUCAAAUGCUGCCAACCAUUAACAAGUCAUUUUGUUUUGAGGGAAAAGUGACUGAAUAUUUUUUGUUUUUUACCUGCGUGCAUCCUUCAAGGAUGACAUUUGCAGAAUUCCCCUCACAUUAAUGCACUACUGCCCCGAGAGGCCUGAGAGAGGUGUGACAGACGUGGGAUGACUGAUUCGCUCAGUCCUCUAGCUCUGCAGCCUGGUGCUCCUUUCAGCUUAUCUUUAGUGGCUUUAUUUCUACCCACGAAAAAAAAAAAAGGGAUGUGUCCUCAAUGCCUUCCCAGAACCCUCUCCUCAACCCCCCUGACCUGAUUAUGUAGCGCACCUUUCUGAAUUGCAAUGACAAAAAAAAAAAGAGAGAGAAACACCUUUUUUAGGUUUAGAAAGCAAAUAAGUUUGUAUUUUUAAAUGAUUUUUGUUUUUUGAGGCGAUGCCAGAGCUCACACAGUGAGCGUCAGUUGUGAGAGUUUGAAAUCUGCCUUUGUUCUUGUGGUCUUUGCCGAAGCUGUAGACCAAUCUGUCCGUGGUCUCUAAAUAAUGGACAUUAAAACAAGUCAAGGACCCGUUGAAUUGCACUGUGGUAAAAAAAAAAAAAAAAAAAGAAGCAAAGAAGCACCUUCAAUGGGCUUCAGAUCGUCUGAAAGAGAGAGAAAAAAAAAAAAGACUCUUGGCACCUUCGUGUAGAGACAGAUAUUAUUUGAGAGACUUGUUGUGCCCGCCUGGUGGUCUCAGUUUGUCUCUGUUUGGUGCUACUUGUUGUUGAGAAGAUAAAAAGCAAUGCAAACCUGAGCAGAGGCAUCAGGCAGUAACUGCUGACUGGGUUCUGGCCUGUGAGCACGUACUUUUGUAAUAGGCAGUUUGUUUGCAUAAUGACGCCUUUCUGAAGUGCCUGGAGCUUAAAGCCACAGGGACCUGUGUUAUUAUGCCUGAUCUUGAACCCUAUUACAAGUUAAAAUGUAACUCAUGACUACUGCUCCAAGAUUAGCCUCACUUGACUUAAUUUAGAGGGAAAAAAAGUGCAGGCCUGUGUUAGGUUCUUUCACAAUCUAAGCCAAAAAAGUCAACCAAAAUGUUUUCCUUCAUAUUAAAACCUAUACAUGGAAACAGUAGCUAACACCGGUUUCUGUGAACAUCAUCUCUGGGAAUUAUAGAAGUAGAGGAGCGGCUGUUAGCUAAGCAAUCCCCCUUUUUUUUUUGUUUUUCAACCUUGACAAGCUCCCGUCUGGGCUGCGUUCCAAAGCUGCUGCUCUAAAACAUGCUGCUUCCCCUCCUAUGGAAACUCCAUUUCCUGUUUCAAGCAGGCGAGGAUCAGUUAAACUUAAACUCUUCACCUCCUCAAGGUCUCAUUCAUGGUCAUUUCAAAGCUGUGGACACCACUGUUGUAUGGAGGUUUGUCUUGCUCCUGUAUAAGUUUCUUUUCAGAAGCAGAAUCUUUUAUCACAGAUGCAAUGAAACAGUAAUCUCUACACAACGUCUUAUUUAGUUUUAUUUUCUGUUUUAAAACCGCACAGCAUCCUAGCACUUAAAAUUCAAACUGAUUUUUCUUUGUUUGGACAAAAAUCAUCAAGUACAGAGAACAGAAUCACUUCUACACAUGCCUUCAGUAAGCCGCCAUACAUUCAACGCACAUGUGAGAGCCUCACAUAGAGAAGUUAUAUUGUGUUUGCAAGCCAUAGAAGAGUGUACAUAAGAAAUGUAUAUGAAAACUAUAUCUAUAAAUAUGGAAAAAUAUAGAGAAGCCCAAACUGUAUAACCAGCUGAAUUUUGAGCGAACCUGUAACCUUAAGAUAUACAAAACUUCAGAAGUUCUUGUAAGGCUGAGUUUUAAAUUCAGCAUUUUAUAGAAGUACAUAAAUCCUCAUGAGGAAGGUGACGGCAAAGGAAAACAAGAAUAAUAUUAUAUUCAGACAGACAGCGUGUGUGUGAGGAAAUAAUGAGAUGGUAUAUAAAAAAAUGAAUCUAGGAGUGUUCCUCAUGUGAAGCCAAGUUUUCUGAUUGGGAAACCAAAGACUGAGAGCAAUAGAGAGAGAGAAACUUUAGAGGGAGUGGUGGUUUGUCAGAUGACGACACUAAUGUGAAAUUCUUGAACACUGAGAGUGAGACCUGUAUUUUGUGAAUUGUAAAUAAAUUUCGCUAAGGCAGCUACCUCGCAGAAGCAGGGUCUUCUCUUGGUGCUGGCUCUCGAAGCGCUCAGAGAAAUUCAA